GAAAACACCAGCGCACCCUUGUGGCAGGCCUACAGACGAAGCAAGGAAGUGAAACACCCAUGUCGACGUUACAGGAUUUGUGCGCUGGGUUACCCACAGAUCCACUGCCUCCGCCACCGAGUCGAGACGAAUCCGUGGUCCACGCACCUGUACGCACCCCGCAUCUUACAACUGCAGAACAGAGGCUAGCUCUUGAGAAUGCACUACGCUAUUUUCCCUCCACGUUACAUGAUGUACUGGCCCCAGAGUUUGCAGAAGAACUUCGCUUGUAUGGCCACAUUUACAUGUACAGAUUCAGACCCAGCUUGGAGAUGAGGGCAUAUCCAAUAUGCGAGUACCCGGCCAAGUGUGUGCAUGCUGCAGCAUUGAUGCAUAUGAUAAUGAACAACCUUGACCCCCAUGUUGCACAGUACCCACAUGAACUUGUCACGUAUGGCGGCAAUGGACAGGCAUUCUCAAAUUGGGCACAGUUCCGUCUGGUCAUGAGCUACUUGUCUGAGAUGACAGAUGAACAGACUCUGGUGCUGUAUUCAGGACAUCCUAUGGGACUUUUCCCCAGCAAGAGAGAUGCACCACGUGCUGUCAUCACCAAUGGAAUGGUAAUUCCAAAUUAUUCCUCCAGGGACAUGUAUGAAAAACUUUUUGCAAUGGGUGUUACAAUGUAUGGUCAGAUGACAGCAGGUAGCUUUUGUUACAUUGGACCACAAGGCAUUGUUCAUGGCACUACACUGACAAUCUUGAAUGCAGCACGGAAGCAUCUUGGUUCAAGUGAUCUUCAUGGAAAGGUGUUUGUCACUUCAGGACUAGGAGGAAUGAGUGGGGCCCAAGCCAAGGCAGCUGUCAUUUGUGGAUGUGUUGGAGUUGUGGCAGAGGUUUGUGGUGAAGCUCUUCACAAAAGGCACAAACAGGGCUGGGUAAUGCAAGUGACGACUGACCUUGACGAAUGUGUGGCCAUCAUUAGGGAGUACCGCACCAAGAAACAGCCUCUCAGUCUGGCGUACCAUGGAAAUGUUGUCCAUCUUUGGGAAAAACUUGCGGAAGAUUACAAAAGGACAGGUGAAAAACUGAUUGAUAUGGGAUCGGAUCAGACGUCCUGUCACAACCCAUUUCAAGGUGGAUAUUACCCAGUGCAGGUGAGCUAUGAAGAAGCAAGACGUCUUAUGCAUGAGAAGCCAGCAGAGUUUAAAAUAUUGGUACAAGAAAGUCUACGAAGACAGAUAAAAGCCAUAAACGAAUUAGCUGAUAAUGGGAUGUUUUUCUGGGAUUAUGGGAAUGCCUUUCUGUUGGAGUGCAGCAGAGCUGGAGCUGAUGUCACACUGGAAAGUGGACUGUAUGGUACAAAGUUCCGCUACCCAUCUUAUGUACAGGAUAUCAUGGGCGAUAUUUUCUCCCUUGGCUUUGGGCCUUUCAGGUGGGUGUGCACGUCUGGUGAAGAAAACGAUUUACACUUGACUGAUGACAUAGCUGGUAACGUGAUGGAAACAAUAAUGACAGAAGCCCCUGAGUUGGUACAGCAGCAGUACAAAGACAAUAUCCGAUGGAUUCGAGAGGCCUCACAACACAAACUGGUUGUUGGCUCGCAGGCUAGAAUUUUGUAUUCCAAUGAGCGGGGCAGGUCAGAAAUAGCUGUAGCUUUUAACAAAGCAAUUGCUGCUGGGAAAAUUAAGGGCCCAGUGGUGCUGAGUCGUGACCACCAUGAUGUGAGCGGCACGGACAGCCCUUACCGGGAGACGUCAAACAUAUAUGAUGGAUCAGCUUUCUGUGCAGAUAUGGCAAUCCAAAAUGUGAUUGGGGACAGUUUCCGUGGAGCUACAUGGGUGGCUAUUCACAAUGGUGGUGGAGUGGGCUGGGGUGAAGUCACUAAUGGAGGAUUUGGACUUGUUCUUGAUGGAUCGAUUGAUGCAGAAGACAAGUCAAGGAAAAUGCUAAGUUGGGAUGUUAACAAUGGGGUUGCAAGAAGAAGCUGGUCAGGAAAUGAUAACGCUGAAGCAACAAUACGCCAUGCAAUGGACAUGGAUCCAAGACUUAAGGUCACCAUUGCUCACCACAUCAAAGAUGCCACUAUUCUCAGUAAAGCCUUUCCUCACUCCAACUGACCUACAAGUACAGAUCUAUUUGUGGUGAAAAACAAUCAGCUUUAAAUAGUGAUAGAAAUAUGCAGAACGGUUUGAAAAAUAUUUACAAAACUGAUAAAUGUAAUUUGGAAGUAUACCAUGAUAAUAGUGUUAACCAAUUCAACAUUUAUGUUCCUGCAAUUAAUAAAGAUGAUGGGUUGAAGAAUUAAAAUUUAUCAUUAGUAGAAAUUAUGAUUGUUUGAAAUUAAAUUUAUAUUUUAUAUGGAAACAUGUAUAUAAACAUCAAACUGUCGCUUUAAUGUGUUUUCUCUAAUAUAUGCUGGAUGACUUGUUUUUAUCAUAAUUCUCAUAGAGAUCAGUUCUAAUUUUCAUGAAUUAUGAUAUAUAGAGAAUAAUACGUUAAUGAUAUAGGCCAUCAGCUUUACCCUGUGAAGGUGAAAUGGAGAACUGUGCAUGGCUUUUAAGCAGUGUUUUCCAUUUAUCCUGAACUAGGUAAAGCUGACAAUCUUUGGUUAUGUCAUUUGGAAUGGAACAAGAACAGUGGGGGAAAUUACCUUUAUUCCAAAAUUCAUUAUAACAUACAAAAUGCAUGACUUCAUUCUUGUAAAAUGUUAUAUUUGUCAUAUGUCCAAAAACGUAUUGUUAUACAAAAAUGAAUUUUGUCACAUUUACUACAACAAUUAACUUUAAAAUUUAGUUAAAGCAAAUGAGUAAAGUCAGACAGUUCAUGUGAUAUGUGAUCAACUGCUAUUAGGCAUUUGUUACUUUGCUUUAAAGUCACUAUAAUUGAUUAAUACAGUGGAAGUGGCAAUGGCAAAACUUGACUUUUUUAUAUAUUCUUGUGCUAAUUAAACAAAGAUUAUAUGGCUCGAUUACUUUUUUGUUUAUUAUUGAAUACAUGUGGGGACAACCCAUUAUGACACAUGCAACUAUGAAGAUGAACCUUUAAUAACCUGCUUGCAAAUAUAUUUUCUAUAUAUUGUGUUAUAUUCUUCGCUAAUAUUAUAUGUUAACACCUUUCACUAGCCAUGUAUUUUUUAUAUUUUGUAAAAUAUAUAGAGAACAAGUGGUUACUGUCAAUAUUCAUAUUCUCUUGCUCAAAUAAAAUGUGAGUUUCAUCUGUUAUAUUGUGAAAUAAUUUGCAAUGCCUAACAUGGACAAUUAUAUAGCCUAGUUUUGUAUGUCCCUGAGGCUUAUUGUUGACCAAUUUGGACCUUAAAAGUGUGUAUAUGUUAAAAAUGGAAUGUCUACAGUAUCAAUACAAUACUGUUUUUAAAAUAUCUGUAUCUAGAAAGGUUUUAAUACCACUACUCCUCAUCCCACAGAAGGCCACUUGCUUACACUAGAUGUAGUGUGAGUCUCUGUCCUAACAUCAUCAUUUGAGAAGGACUUGAAGCACUUAAAGAAGCCAUACACAAUACUGAUCUUCUAUCAGAUAUUGACACCCAGGCGGAUAUGUCUAUUGCAGAUUUCGUUUUGUAUAAUAAAGAGUUUGAAUUC